UAAAUUUUUAAUAAGUUUUAAUAUUUGAUUAUAUUUUAUUUGCAAAUAUUUAAAUGGCCUAUGUAUGUUAUGAUAAACAUUGAUUUAAAAUUAGAUUGUUAUCUAUUUUAUUUUAAGUUAUUUAUUUUAUUAUAUUAUAUUUAUAUAAUUAUAUUAGAAAUAUUUAGUAUUGUUCAAUCAUGACUUUAGUCCAUUUGAAUUAAUUGCAAUAUAUUUUAAUAUUUGUAGAUUGCAUACAUUAACAUAUAUAUAUAUAUCUUAUAUAUACUGUAAAAAUAUUUAAAAUUACAUUUAUUUAAAUUAGAUCAUAAAAUUUUUAAAUUAUUUUUUUUUAGAUUAUUUUUAUUUUUUUAGAUUAUAUUUAAAAUUAGAAAGAAAUUAAAAAAUUAAAAAAUAAAAUUAAUAAAGUUUUUAUGUAUAUAUGAAUAUAUAUAUUUAUAUACAUAUUCAUUAUACAUAAGUCCUGUAUAUAUAUUUAGAAGUUUUAAAAUGAAAUAAAGAUGAAAAAAGUAUCUAGAUGAUAUAGAUAUCUAAAUAAAACAUAAAUGGCGUUGGUCGAGAAUCAAAAUCGAUAGAAUUAUACAAAUCUUUAAAAACAUAUUAACACGUGCUUUUUAAUUUUAAUCAUAAUUUGCAUUUAAAAUGAUUUCGAAUGAAGUGGAAGUGGAUGAAGAUAAUGAAACAAAAGCAAAAUCUUUUCAUGAAUUAGAAUUAGAUGAUAGAAUUUUAAAGGCUGUUGCAAAAUUAGGUUGGUUAGAACCAACAUUAAUACAAGAAAAAACGAUACCGUUAAUGAUCGAAGGAAAAGAUAUUUUAAUUCGAGCUCGUACAGGAUCUGGAAAAACAGCUGCAUUUACUAUACCACUUAUUCAAAAAAUAUUAUCAAAUAAACGAACACAAAAACAACAAGAAAUUAAAGGUCUUAUUAUAGCUCCAAGCAAAGAAUUAUGUAAACAAAUACAUGAUGUUAUAAUUAGUCUAACAAUAAAAUGUAGCAGAGAAGUAAAAGCUAUUGAUAUCAGUCCUCAAAUAGAUCUUAAUGCACAGAAACUACUAUUAGUAGAAAAACCUGAUAUAGUUAUAAGCACUCCAAGUAGAUUAUUACAACAUUUAAAAGCAAAAAAUAUGAAAUUAAAGCAAUCACUUGAAACAUUAAUAAUUGAUGAAGCUGACUUGAUAUUUUCAUUUGGAUAUGAAAAUGAAAUAAAAGAUAUAUUGAAUUAUUUACCAAUAUUAUAUCAAGCAGUUUUAGCUUCUGCAACAUUAUCUGAAGAUGUGGUAACACUUAAAAAAUUGGUACUUCGUCAUCCUGUGAUUUUAAAAUUGGAGGAACCUCCAUUGGCUCCACUAUCACAAUUAUCGCAUUAUAGUCUUGCAGCAGAGGAAAAUGAUAAAGCUGCCAUUUUAUGUACUUUGUUAAAAUUACGUUUAAUUAGGGGAAAGACUAUUAUAUUUGUAAAUACUGUAGAUAAAUGUUAUAAAUUAAAAUUGUUUUUAGAACAAUUUGGAAUAGCAACUUGUGUAUUAAAUUCUGAAUUGCCAGCAGUUUCGCGAUGUAGAGCAGUUACUCAAUUUAAUUCUGGAACAUAUGAUAUUAUAAUAGCAUCAGAUGAAAAAUCUUUAGAAGAACCACAUAUAGCAAAAGUUAAAAGAGGAAAGCGAAAAAAAGAUAAAGAAUCUGGUAUAGCCCGGGGAAUUGACUUUCAAUUUGUAUCUAAUGUGUUUAAUUUUGACUUUCCUCCAGAUAUAAAUUCUUAUAUUCAUAGAGCUGGACGUACUGCUCGAGGUAAAAAUGACGGAACAGUGUUGAGUCUUGUAUCAAUAAAAGAAAGACCAAUUCUUGAAGAUGUUGAAGUCGAAUUAAAACAAUGUUAUAAUUGCGAUAAAUUAUUAAAAACAUAUGAAUUUAAAUUAGAAGAAGUUGAAGGUUUUCGAUAUCGAGCAAAAGAUGCUUGGAAAGCAGUAACUCGAAUUGCUGUUCGUGAAGCUCGUUUAAAAGAAAUAAAACAAGAAGUACUCAAUUGUCAAAAAUUAAAAAGUUAUUUUAAAGAUAAUCCAAGAGAUUUGCAAUCAUUGAGACAAGAUAAAGCAUUACAUACUGUAAAAUUACAACCACAUUUAAAAGAUGUACCAGAUUAUAUAAUUCCACCAACUUUAAAAAGACUUGUUAAUACUGGCAAGAAAAAGAAAAAGUUUAAUAGGGAAGCUGCAACAUCUAAACCUACUGCCACACAAUCAAAAUAUCGAGCUCGUGCAUCAAAUCCUUUAAUGAGUUUACAAUUACAAAACUUGAAAAAAUGAAUAUUUUGUAUUAAUAAUAAAAUAUUUUUUUUAAACUCA